AUGGAUCCCGCAGCUUUCUAUCCUACUCUCCAAAGAUUCGCCAAGGAUAAGUUUAAGCCAAAUGCAUUAUUAUUAGAAUAUCUCGCCAAUUCAGAGAGUUUGAACUGCACCAACUACUCAGAUGCGCUCCAUCCUCAAGCUAUUGAGGGUAUAGAGGAGAUACAUAAGGCAGGCGUUCACCACCAGGAUGUCUACCACAAAAACAUUCUUCUUGUCCGCGGAAAUCCAGGGCCCGGUAGGCUGGUCUGGAUUGACUUUGAAGUUGCAACCACUUUUGAUGAAUUCGGAUCUAAAGAGCUGGCUCUCUGUGACCAUGAACUUAAUGCUAUAAAGUCAUUUGGGGAACUCCUGGCUGAGGGCCUCCCACCCAACACAAAAUUUUAUUAA